GGUCUUGAAAGCACAAUAGGAACUGACUGAGACAAGUGGCUGGCACUUGGUAUAAACACCAGCGCUUGGCGGUAUUACUGCUUUCUGACCAUCUUUGAGCUACGCACCGCCCCUCCGACCUGUAAAUCUCUCUAGCUUUCAGUGGAGCGAGCGGCUCUGACAGGCACUAUCAACUGGCCGAUCUGCGCGACCCUGGGCUGGAUCAAGGGGAAGGAAUGGGGACAGUCAGUUGCGAAGGCGACAUCACCCGAGCGUUUAUAUGUCAGAAAGCGAACACUCCGCUAGAUGAUGUCGUUUGUGUUUUCGCAUCGUGGCAACAGUUUGGGGACUUGAAAUAGACUGAUGGUUUUUGAAUGGCAGAAGCUAUCGAUUAAAUUGGUGUUUAGAAAAGUGAAAUCAAUUUUCCGCUGUUAAUCGACCGAAUCCCUGGAUGGAAGACGACUUGAGAGAUCGGACAGAAACUGUUUGAAGAAAACAGCCCUUUUUCAAUGUCGCUGCGCCUAUCAUAAUCUGAAACAUCAUUGGCAGCCUCGACGGCUGCUAGAUGAGACAGACCAUCUUUGCCAUGGCAUUGGUCCUGAAAAACUCGGAAAAGCUCUCAAAAUGAAAAGCGCUCAACGUUUGUCAUUACUGCGGAUUUAAAUGCCUCUCGCGAAUGGACACCGACCGGCUAUUUCGGUCCAGUUAGUGCGUGUUGCGUUUUCGACUGUCGUGGAAAUCUGAAAUAGAUUGAAAUAAACAUACAAUUAAUUAAGUGCGGGUGAGAAUAUACAACGCAUAGUUUUUCUAAAGCAAUAUGGCUGGUGAGUGGGGCUGGGGACGCUGGCAUAGGCUUUCCAAGGCUCCUAGAUGCUAGCUGAGGCGGACGCCACCGUUACCCAUGGAAGCGGCAACUCUAUGAUGAGUAGAAAUAACUAUUUUAACAAAAAUCCGGACUCCUCGAUCUCUAUGUCCAAGAUGGACGUGAUCAUCCCCUUCUCGCCAGACGUGCCCUGCGACAACAAUGGCCAGCGCAUGUGGUGGGCAUUCCUCGCCUCCUCCAUGGUCACGUUUUUCGGGGGUCUCUUCAUCAUUCUCCUGUGGAGGACCCUCAAAUACCUGUGGACCGUCUGCUGCCACUGUAACAUCAAAAAGAAGGAGGCCCAGAAGGUAAAUAACCCUGCUAACAGUCAGGCAGCAGACGGUACAGCUAAGGGUCCUGAUGAGAAGGAAGAAGUGGUCCCUGCCAGCGAGGUGGGCUGGAUGACCUCCGUUAAGGACUGGGCCGGGGUCAUGAUAUCAGCACAGACACUCACCGGCAGAGUCCUGGUUGUGCUAGUUUUCGCUCUCAGCAUUGGAGCACUUGGAAUAUACUUUAUAGAUUCUUCUGAUCCCAUAGAAUCCUGUCAGAAUUUCUACAAAGAUUUCACGUUACAGAUCGACAUGUUCUUCAAUGUCUUCUUCCUCCUCUACUUUGGCUUGCGGUUCAUAGCAGCCAAUGAUAAGCUGUGGUUCUGGCUGGAGGUCAACUCAGUGGUGGACUUCUUCACUGUUCCUCCUGUCUUCGUAUCUGUCUACUUGAACAGGAGCUGGCUGGGUUUAAGAUUCCUGAGAGCCUUGAGAUUGAUACAGUUCUCUGAGAUUUUACAGUUUUUGAAUAUCUUAAAAACAAGCAAUUCCAUCAAGCUGGUGAACCUGUGUUCCAUCUUCAUAAGCACAUGGCUAACAGCUGCCGGAUUCAUACAUUUGGUGGAAAACUCAGGGGAUCCUUGGGAAAACUUCCAAAAUUCCCAGUCACUUUCCUAUUGGGAAUGUGUCUACUUGCUCAUGGUCACUAUGUCAACAGUGGGCUACGGGGACGUCUAUGCAAAAACCACCCUAGGACGCCUGUUCAUGGUCUUCUUCAUCCUCGGGGGUUUGGCCAUGUUUGCCAGCUACGUCCCUGAAAUCAUAGAGUUAAUAGGAAACCGCAAGAAAUAUGGUGGUUCCUAUAGUGCGGUUAAUGGGAGAAAGCACAUUGUGGUUUGUGGUCAUAUUACACUCGAAAGUGUCUCCAACUUCCUCAAAGACUUCCUACACAAGGACAGGGAUGAUGUCAAUGUAGAAAUUGUUUUUCUCCAUAAUAUUUCCCCUAAUCUUGAGCUGGAAGCCUUGUUCAAACGCCACUUUACCCAGGUAGAGUUCUACCAGGGUUCUGUUCUCAACCCUCACGAUCUGGCCAGAGUGAAGAUUGAGUCAGCAGACGCCUGUCUGAUUCUGGCUAAUAAGUACUGUCCAGAUCCCGAUGCUGAAGACGCCUCCAACAUCAUGAGGGUCAUCUCUAUCAAGAACUAUUCCCCCAAGAUACGAAUUAUCACUCAGAUGUUACAAUACCAUAACAAGGCUCACCUGCUCAACAUUCCUAGCUGGAACUGGAAGGAGGGGGAUGAUGCUAUCUGUCUAGCAGAGCUGAAGGCUGGCUUCAUAGCUCAGAGCUGUCUGGCCCAGGGCCUCUCCACCAUGCUGGCCAACCUCUUCUCCAUGAGGUCCUUCAUCGAGAUUGAAGAGGACACAUGGCAGAAGUACUAUUUAGAAGGGGUAGCUAAUGAGAUGUACACAGAGUAUCUGUCCAGUGCCUUUGUGGGGCUCUCCUUCCCAGCAGUCUGCGAGCUGUGCUACGUGAAGCUGAAGCUGUUGCUUAUCGCCAUCGAGAACAAGUCGGAGCUGGGAGAGAGCAGCAUCCUCAUCAACCCGGGGAACCACGUAAAGAUGCAGGAAGGAACUCUGGGGUUCUUCAUCGCCAGUGAUGCCAAAGAAGUAAAGAGAGCAUUUUUCUACUGCAAAGCUUGUCACGAUGACAUCACAGACCCCAAACGGAUCAAAAAGUGUGGCUGCAAACGACCCAAGAUGUCCGCCUACAAACAAAUGAAACUGGCAUGUUGUUUUGAUUGCGGCCGUUCAGAGCGAGACUGCUCUUGCAUGUCAGGCAGUGCACAUAGUAACAUGGACACCCUACAGAGGGCCUACCCACUCUCCUCUGUCUCUGUUCAUGAUUGCGCAACCACUUUACGUGCCUUUGAAGACGAGCACCCGUCAACUCUGUCGCCCAAAAAAAAGCAGCGGAACGGAGGCAUGCGAAACUCACCCAACAACUCCCCCAACAUGAUGAGGCAUGACCCUCUACUAAUCCCUGGGAACGAGCAGAUGGAGAACAUGGACAUGAACUUGAAGCAGUAUGACUCCACAGGAAUGUUCCACUGGUGUCCGUCUAAAGAGAUCGAGAAGGUCAUCCUGACCCGGAGUGAGGCAUCCAUGACGGUGUUGAGCGGCCAUGUAGUGGUCUGUAUAUUUGGAGAUGUCACGUCCGCUCUAGUGGGGCUGCGAAACUUGGUGAUGCCUUUGAGAGCCAGCAACUUCCAUUAUCACGAGCUGAAGCCCAUAGUGUUUGUGGGCUCGCUGGAGUACCUGAGGAGAGAGUGGGAAACCCUACACAACUUCCCCAAGGUCUCCAUACUACCUGGUACGCCAUUAAGCCGUGCAGAUUUAAGGGCUGUCAACAUCAACCUCUGCGACAUGUGCGUGAUACUGUCGGCCAAUCAGAACAAUAUCGACGACGCCUCGCUGCAGGAUAAGGAAUGCAUUCUGGCAUCGCUCAACAUAAAGUCUAUGCAGUUUGACGACAGCAUCGGGCUCUUGCAGGCUAACUCCCAAGGUUUCACGCCUCCUGGAAUGGACCGGUCCUCUCCAGACAGCAGUCCAGUACAUGGUUUAGCACGCCAGGCCUCCGUCACCACCGGCGCCAACAUCCCCAUCAUCACUGAACUAGUGAACGACUCCAACGUUCAGUUCUUGGACCAAGAUGAUGACGACGACCCGGACACAGAGCUGUACCUGACGCAGCCCUUCGCCUGUGGAACCGCCUUCGCUGUCAGUGUGCUGGACUCUCUCAUGAGUGCAACAUACUUCAACGAUAAUAUCCUCACCCUGAUCCGGACGCUGGUGACUGGGGGAGCCACCCCAGAGCUAGAGGCUCUACUGGCUGAGGAGAACGCCCUGCAAGGGGGCUACAGCACGCCACAGACACUGGCCAACCGAGACAGGUGUCGUGUUGCCCAACUGGCCCUGUACGAUGGGCCCUUUGCCGACUUGGGGGAUGGUGGUUGCUAUGGAGAUUUGUUCUGUAAAGCAUUGAAGACAUACAACAUGUUGUGCUUCGGAAUCUACAGAUUGAGAGACGCUCACCUUGCCACACCUAGCCAGUGUACCAAACGGUAUGUGAUUACCAACCCUCCGUAUGAGUUUGAGUUGGUCCCCACAGACCUGAUCUUCUGUCUGAUGCAGUUUGACCACAACGCGGGCCAGUCUCGGACCAGCCUUUCCCACAGCUCCCACUCCUCCCAUUCCUCCAGCAAAAAGAGCUCGUCCGUCCACUCCAUCCCCACCACCAACCGCCAGAACCGCAGCAGCAAGGCUCGGGAGGCUGGCCACAAACAGAAUGCAACAAGGAUGAAUAGAAUGAGCCAAGAAAGGAAAUGGUUUACAGAUGAACCAGAAAAUGCCUACCCACGGAACAUUCAGAUCAAGCCCAUGAGCACUCACAUGGCCAACCAAGUCAACCAAUACAAAUCCACUAGCAGUCUGAUACCACCAAUCAGAGAAGUUGAAGAUGAAUGCUGAAAACCAGGCCCGCUUGAUGACUCGUGAGAAUUCUGGACGCUCUUACAAAAGGAGAUAAGAGAUGGCGAACAGGGAUGAUGAUGAUUAAUUGGUCCCCACUCAUUCUACAGAUCAAGGGUUUGACAUAAACACCACAACUGGAAGGAGCCUCCUAUGUGUAUACCUGUAAUGUUUUUGAAAUGAUUUGAAGAGUUGAAGAGAGAAGAUUAAGUACUUCCUGUAAUUAUUUGCAAUCGUUCAUCACCUCUUCGUGUGACCAGACUCCAUGGCUACUGUAUUUUGAGCUUACUACUUGUUGUUGGAGGAUGAGGGUCACGGUAGUUCGCUCUUCGUUCAACACAUCUCCCAAAAACGCCAUUGGGGCUGACCACUCAUACACCGUGUCUGUUUCUGUUCUAUUUGCACUAAAACUGAUCACGUUAUUUUGCAACACGACGACGGGAAACAUUGACAUCUCCCCAAAACAACACCCAUCACAGAAAUGUGAACUUUUUGGUUGUCGAUUCACUUUGUCAUUUGAAGAGGUGUACAGAUCCAUUACAUCACUGCUUAGGGUAUGCUACUGUAUGUCAACAUGCUGUUUGAGUAAUCAUCUGAAUGAAUGCAUUCGAGUCCUGUAGAUCAUAUUGUAAAUCAGUUGUCUUGAGACUCAGAGUACUGUAAGAGAUAGUUCUGGGAUAAGCUGGUUGACCGUAUAUAUACACAGUACCUACAUCUGUUCUGGGGAUAUCACAAUGGCUAUGGAUCAUAAUGAUGUCUUUGACCUUAUUUCAAGCUCCUAUCAUCGCAUGGUGCCUGAGCCCUUUUAUAACAAUACAGUGCAGAUGAUCAACUUAACAUGAAAGGGGACAAAGGACAACCUUGUCCUAACCCUUAUGUGUAAACAUGAAAGAGGACGAAGGACAACCUUGUCAUAUCCCUUAUGUGUAAACAUGAAAGGUGGACGAAGGACAACCUUGUCCUAUCCCUUAUGUGUAAACAUGAAAGGGGACGAAGGACAACCUUGUCAUAUCCCUGAUGUGUAAACAUGAAAGGGGUGAAUGGACAACUUUGUCUCGUCCCUUGUGAACACGUUAAUUGAGUGAAAGGACAGCCUUGUACACAUCUUGCAUAUGGCAUGUGUGUACUGUACGUGGCAUCAAUGUGUCCCCUUAACAAAAACAUUGGUGGAACAUCUGAGUUAGUGUUAGUGUCGUCAUCUCUCCAUCAGUGUGUAUGUGAUGGUGGUUCAGCCUCUGAGGGAGCAGCAUGUGGGAUCAAGGCUUCAAACAUGAAUGAUGUAUAGGAACUAGCUCUGUCUGGGGGUUGCCAAUCAACUAAUGAACUAAGCAAACACUUUUCUAUGCUCACCAUCAUGCCCAGUCACAUCACCAAUAAUACACCAUCUAUGAUUGAGCUGAAUAAAUGUGAACAAACAUUAGCUGUGUGCCCUAAAAAUGUAAGGGAAGCAUUUAAGCUGGAACCUAUUUAAUAACAAAAGAAUAAGCAUAUCAUUUCAAUAUUUUUUUGUCUGUUGAGAAACAAUGCCACAUAUUGCGUAAAAUGGGCAUCAGUGGGUCCUCCUUUGACCAGCUCCACCACUGCCUGGCACAGGGUUGGUAACAGAGGCAGCAAAGAGCUUGGAUGUUCUCUGCUGCCAAUCCUGAUGUCAUCAUGACACCUCUAAACACUGUUGGUAAACAUUAAGGGAAAAGCUCAAUCAUAGUUUUGUCACUGAUGACGAUGAAGAACGCUGGACAAUACUGCCUGUGUUCUUCAUGUCAUUCUGGUCAAGGCACAAGACAGUGCGUGUUAAAAAUGGACCGUUUCUAUUUUGUUUUUGAUCCAGAGCAACCCAGACAGAGCUGCAGCCUUGGGGAGGAGAGGGUAUAAACCAACUCAAUUCUUAACCUAGAUACUUUAUACAUACAAAUAUGAUUAUUUUAUAUUCAUAUGAGCAUAAUCAUGUUGUACUUAUUUUUACACAUGACGUAGUGAGAAACACUUUGUGAUAGCAAUCCAUUAUUAUUAUUAGGCCUAUAAUUACAUCAGAUUAUUUUAUUUCUAAAUGAAUCACUGUAUUUAACAUAAUCAUACCAAAAUUAUUCAUAUAAAUUCUGAAAUGCUUAUAAUUAGAAAUGCAUCAUUGAGGAAGAGUAGAAGUCCCCUCUCUUAUCCCUGAUAAAGUAUAGUGAUUAAGGGCGCUAUUCAAUCCAUAUCGCAGAAGUUCAACAUUACAGUUUGAUUGAAAUGUAAAGGCAAUGUUUAGCAGAGACUGCAUUCACGAUAAACGCUGCAUAUGUCCAGUGGUGGAACAAGUACUUAUUGUCAUACUUGAGUGAAAUUAAAGAUAGAUUAAUAGAGAAUUACUCAAGUAAAAGUGAGUCACCCAGUGAACUUACAUGACUACUUUAGUAAAAGUCUAAAAGUAUUUGGUUUUAAAUAUAUAUAUUUGAAAGUAUAAAUCAUUUCAAAUUCCUUAUAUUAAGCAAACCAGGCAGCAUUUUCUUGUUUUUUAUUUAUUUAUGGUUAGCCAGUGACACACUCCAACACUCAUAAUUUACAAACUAAGUAUGUAGGUGUUGGUGUUUAGUGAGUCCGCCAAAUCAGAGGCAUGACCAGGGAUGUUCUCUUGAUAAGAGUGUGAAUUGUCAAAAAUAUGAAUAGUAAAAUACAGAUAUCCUAAAAAAUACUACUUAAGUAGUACUUCAAAGUAUUUGUUCUUAAGUACUUUACACCACUGCAUAUGUCGACUCAAUCGGAAAUUACAUUUACAUUUCUAUCGCACAAUCUGUAACACUUCAGUGAUACAGAUUGAUUAGAGUCCUAAGUCAAUAUUGUAGAAGAGAUAACAUAAAUCUAAUGAGAGCUCUAAGUCAAUAUUGUAGAAGAGAUAACAUAAAUCUAAUGAGAGCUCUAAGUCAAUAUUGUAGAAGAGAUAACAUAAAUCUAAUGAGAGCUCUAAGUCAAUAUUGUAUUGGAAAUAACAUAAAUCUAAUGAGAGCUCUAAGUCAAUAUUGUAUCGGAGAUAACAUAAAUCUAAUGAGAGCUCUAAGUCAAUAUUGUAUUGGAAAUAACAUAAAUCUAAUGAGAGCCCUAAGUCAAUAUUGUAUAGGAGAUAACAUAAAUCUAAUGAGAGCCCUAAGUCAAUAUUGUAUAGGAGAUAACAUAAAUCUAAUGAGAGCCCUAAGUCAAUAUUGUAUAGGAGAUAACAUAAAUCUAACUCUGAGCUUCUUUAUCACCUGUUGAGUGCUCCUCAAAACAUAAAUGGGCUUAGUUGAAGGAUCUCUGUAGCUGUAUUGAUAAACUUUAUUGUACUGCUCAUUUUCAUCUGUAAGCAAAUACAAAUAUUGUUGUCUGAGACAAACAUAAAUGUGACGUAAACAAUCACUGGGUGUAAAUAAUACCCAGACAGUGAGCCAAUCGGAAAGGUGCAUGAAGCCCCGAUCUGAGGCAUUUAGGCAUUCGUUCUGUUCUGAGAGUAAAACUGGGUGACCUCUACUAUCAAUGAUUGACCUAAAUUAGGUCUCUUAGUAAGGAGAGAUACAUUUAAGUAUUGUUUUGUGGGUGUAUAAUGUCAUUCUUCAUGAAUGUGCGUUUCUAACUAUGUGACAGAUAGUUAGAACAUCAUCAGGUUGUUUGCAUUGAACAGAUAGCCAUGAUAUUAUAGACUAAGAUAAUGUCUUUCUAAAGACCUGUCAUUCUUGACAAAAAAAGGACAAAUAUUUGUGUCUCAAUAUGUUGUGUAUAUUCAGCCAUUAUAUAGAUUUUUCUGAAGCAAAAUGUCCUGAGCUUUCUGUCUGUCUAUUGGGUGUGGUGCGACUGCUCAUACACAUUUUGUCCUGACGUGAACUUCUGAAGCUUUUGUGCUUACAUUGUUGUCACACUUUGUAGCAAGUAUAAUUAUUUUCAGAAAGUAUGUGAGUAAAAAUGUAUAUAUAAUUGGGUUGUUAAUAAUAUACUCGCUAGACUGAAAAACAAGGAAUUAAUAUUUGACACUGACAAUGACUUGAUUCAUAACACAUACUAUUGACGAAGGACAAACUUAUUGUUUUGUCAUAAAUGCAAAAAAAUGUAAGCUUGACUUGAGCAGGUUUAACAGGACCUGGUUAUACGAACCAUCACAGAGGUGCAGACAUAAGCUGGUACCAGUUCAGCAAAGCUUAUCACAGUACAGAGAGAACAUACUUCAUUGGUUUUCUUGUUAAAAUAGUUUCUUUAUCAGGGUUUACAUUCCAUUUUGUCAGCUCUCGUCAUUUAUGUCACCAUAGUAAUAUCCAUGGAUUGAAACUAAUUUGUAUUAUUUGUUUACAGUUUUAUUUUUGAUUCAGAGGUACUUAAAUAAUUAUCACUUUACUCAGAAAUCAAAUGGUACAAAUCACAACCCAAACAGAUGCAUACUUACAGAAUAGUCUACCAGUGCAUUUCAUUAUAUCUGAAUGUUUUUUUAUUUUCAAUACAUGCACCCACAAUUUGUGUGACUGUUUUGACUCAAACUGGAAAAGACAGUGGAUUGAAACCUGUUCUUACAUUAAGCUUGAUCUCUUUUUGGCACAAAUACUCCACAAAUCUAUGGUACUGCUGUAUACCAUAUAAUAUGUCCGUACACGUCUUUGCAACGUACGCCUCUAAAGUUAGUGUUUUGAAGUGCCAUCGAAAGUGUUGUUGAACAAGCAUCAUUCAGUCAUUCACUGACUCACUAACUCAGAAUGAGUAGGGAUUGAGUUAGUUCUUCUCAGAAAGGGAAGUAAAUGUGUAUGUGAUUUAUACUGGCGUGGAGAACAUCCAAGCCAUCAAUGCCCCCAUGCCAGUAUAGUGCCAGGCAGUGCUGUAGGUCAAGAGGAGGGCCCAUUUCAAGACCCACUAUAGCGAAAAGUGGCAUUGAAAAGGAAGGAACAUGGGGCUCAUCAAAGUAUCAUACAUCUGUGUUGGUCGUACUGUCUGUAGCUGAAGGUCUUGUUGUUAGGAGACUGCAGGGAGAGAUGUUAAAACAUGUUUGUUGUGUGGUAGAAGGUCUGAAUGACUGAAGGAUGCACAGAGAGCACAGGCCAGGCUGUUUCAUGUGGCUCUGGAGUGUUUUAGUCCGCUUAAGAUAGUCAGGACUAUGAAACGUCACACAUCACUGUUACAGUAUGUUACAUAUUUUUGUUUAUCUAUUUUGUUACUGUAAAGGAUGGAUAAAAUAACUUAUUUGCUGGAAAAUGUACUAGAUGUAAUAAAAUGUAUAAAACUAUGGGGGGAUUUAAGUCUUAACAACACAUUGAAAUUGCAGGUGGCAAUCUUUGUUGAUUUUUUUAGGAAAAAAAGAAACUUGCAGUAUUUUGUGGGGUGGGCUGCCUAUCAGUUCGGGUGGAAUUCAGGACAUUGCUCUCACACGUCUCAUAUCUGAUUCUUUGGCACAUGGUCUACUUAGUUUGGAUGGAUACAUGGAGGAUUUGAUGGUGCUGGGUAGAUCUACCUGACUCUGUCAAAUAUAAUCCGCUGAUAAAUAUACUGUCUUGUACAAAAAGUUUGUACAUAAAUUGUACAUGGUUUCUUUUUGUAUUUUCUCAAAUUAAAAUGGAUGUAUUUGUGUUCUAAAACUGGAA